AUGGCGCGCGGGAAGGUGGCCGAGUGCAUACGGAAGCGUGCGAUGCAGAGGAAGUCAGCGGGCAGGCGCCGGAGCAAGGAGAGCGGGGCGUCCGAGCCGAUACUGCCGUGGGAGGCGGGGCCGAAGAGCUGGAGCAGCUCCAGCGGGGCGCCUAGCGGGAGCGGGAAUGAUACGUUCGAGUGCGCCGGUGGCGGUGCGUCACCGGCGCACUCGAAGUCCUGGGCGAGCGCCUUCUUGUCGGCACUUUUGCGGUGGCGGCGGCUCGUGAACGUGCUGGCCGUGCUGUGGGAGCAGGUGGUGUACCACAUGAUGUGGCUGGUGGAGUCCGUGGUGUUGGUGGGAAGGCUCUGCUUCUUCCUCAUGCGCUUCGGCUUCAAGCAGCUCUGA